AUGAGUUCCGACACGUUUUCAAUAUGUUCUAAAUGUUUAGGUAAUGACAAACACAUAAAAAUGAUCAAACAAGUCGAUGGAGAUGAGUGUCGUCAAUGCACUAGACCAUUCACAGUGUAUAGAUGGGGGAACCGAACAGCAUCCACUAAAUUACAAAAAACUAUAAUUUGUAUGACUUGUGCCAGAGCCAGAAAUUGCUGUCAAUCAUGUUUGUUAGAUAUAACUUAUGGAAUACCUACAGAUAUUCGGGAUACUGCUUUGAAAAUGGCAGGUCUUGAACCAUUAUGGAAUACACCAAAUCCAACAAACCGUGAAGUUAAAGCUAUAAUGGCAGAUAAACUAGAACAAAAAUUCAAAGAUCAAGAAAAUAAAUCCAAAGACAUAUUAUCUAAAUUGGCUGAAAAAUUGAAUUUAAAGAAAGAAGAAGAAGAAGUUGUGAAAGUGGGGUCAGAUGGGCCUAUGGAUAUUGGAAAGCUAGCAAAGAAACUACCAUUUAGUAAUCUGUUGGAUGUAAAUAAAUAUACUGAAAUGACAUCGUUUUUCAUAUUUGGAUUUCCAUCAGAUAUACCCAAGAAUUUGAUCUCCAGUCAUGCAUCACAGUACGGUAAAUUGAAAUCAAUUGUCAUUAAUGGUGAAAGUCGAUGUGGGUUUAUUUCUUUUGAAGACAAGGAAUCCGCCAAUGCAUUUGCAAAAGCAGUUGACGAAAAUGAAAUGAAUGAGAACAAAGCUACGGCUGGAUUAUUAUUAUUGGAUAAUAACCCUAUGAGAGUUUGUUUUGGUAAACAGAGACCAUUACCAGGGAAAACUAAUGAUAUGAAAAAAUUGAGUGCUGUUGUGGCCAAAGUAAUGAAACAAUUGGCUGAAAAGGACAAAGGUGGUUACAAUAAACCACAGACAUCAUCCAAACCUUCUAAGAAGAAAUACAAAGCAUUGCAAGAUGAUUAUGAAGAGUAG